AUGGAGAGCGCAUUUUCUGACCUAGACAGCAACAGCUGCGAUUACUUCCCUCACACGGAUGACGAGGAUUCCCGCGGCAGCAUGCACGCCGCCUCCCCGGCUUCCUCCGUUCCAUCCCCGGCGCAUGACGCUCAGGACUCGGCCGCCGAGCUGCAGCAGAAAAAGAAGCGCAGGGGGCGCGUCAGAAGCGAGGCCACCGUCCACGUGGUGAAAAAGAACAGGCGGCUGAAGGCGAACGACCGCGAAAGGAAUCGCAUGCACAACCUGAACGACGCCCUGGACACCCUACGCGGUGUGCUACCCGCCUUCCCGGACGAUACCAAGCUGACCAAAAUCGAGACCCUCCGCUUUGCGCACAACUACAUCUGGGCUCUAUCCGAGACCAUACGCAUCGCAGACCUGAACAAAGGCAGAGACUCUGCACCGGCUCUCAGCUGUAUGGGGGAUGCACCCAGUCCGGGCAGUGAUGCGUGCUCCUGGCCAUCAAGCGCGUCCUCGUCUGCUUCUUCUCCAUCCUACUGCUCUUCGAACCUGGGCAGUCCGGAGGCUGUUGACAAUUACGGAUUUCUGCAGGCAGACGUUGUUUACCGCUACCACAGCUUCCCUGGCAUGUUCUAG